AUGGAGAACAUUGAGCUCACGACGCGCUUGAAGAUCGGGAAGGGAGCCAUCUUGGUCGAGCACCAAGGAAGGGCGACGAUCAGGCACAAGAUUGAGCAGCUACUAAAGUUGAACGCGAGUGAGGCUGAGAUUGCAACACUCGUCGAGCAGUACAAGGCACAGUACAGUGACUAUGGCUACAAGCGCGAGGAGACCAUCGCGUUUCAUUCACAGCGC